GCGGCAUUGAGCUCACUACGCCCGAUGCACCACGCGCUAGAGCCAGCUUGCCAACUACAUGUUCAGAAUCCCCUGUAAUCCCCCAUGUGGUCCUUGGUUCGACUCAACUUCGGGAGGUGGGGGAACAGUCGCCGUUGUUAUCAAUAUUCCUCGCUCCAGCGUCGAGGUCGGUCAAGAAUCAGAACUAUUCUCAAAGACGGCAUUGCUGCCCAUGCCGAUCGAUCAAGAGUACCACAACGGCGAACAUUCUCCGAGUCCUCGACGACCAGGGUAUUGCCAACCUCCCAGGCAACAAUAGCGAGCCAUCUGCGCAAUUGCGACAUUGACAAAUGGGGCUGGGUGAUCUACCGCACCACAUAUGGUGACGAUGAAGCUUGGGAACGUUGCAAAGAGAUCAUCACCUACCGUACGCGCCGCAACAUCGCAGACUCGGACGCACCAGAGAUUGCAAAAUACCUCGAGUUGACUUUUGUUGACGACAAAUCCUUGUUUGAUGGGGCCUCAAAGCAUCAACUCCGAUCUCAUUUUCGCACCUGGUCCCUGGACGCAUUUCAAUCGGAGAACCCAAGAGUGAAAGAUGUGAGCGGAGACCUAGGAUAUUGGAUGCAAGGCUGUGGCGUCCCUCGACAUGUGUACUUCUUCCAGGUAGACCUGGAGUCCCUCCGGAGUAUCGUGUUCGAAGCGCCUCAACCGCCUGAUUACGAUCUUGACCUUGAGAGCCACAUCAACUUCAUUGACGCCUACUGGAAACCGCUGAGAGAACGGGCAGAAGUGCUACAACAUACAGACCAAGACGAGAUCGAUGCUUCCGAGACCGCUUAUGAGCCUAUCGAGGGAUGCGGGGAAGAGAACGUCGGAUGGAUGAAGGUAUCUCCUGAGACGAUGGGUUCCGAUUGGUAUGAGGUAUGGCUCGGCAGUAUCGGCGGCGAUGCCAGCAUGUGGUAUGCCUUCUACAAACGCCCGCCCGAGAAGGUGUACUGGUGAGAAAGACGCCUAGAGCUUCGUAAAUUCGUUGCAACGACUGCGACGCUCAUCCAGUCUCAUGUGGCGAUAAGCACGCUCCGAUGGCAGAAUCAUUUUCAAAGAACGGCGCACACAUGAGAGGGGUGGGCGUCAAGGCGACAAGUGCAUCUAAACGCCGCUUCCCUGCGCCUCGGGGAUCAUGGGUCGAGGAGAACUUGACAGUGCACCUCAAUUCUAUUCUCAACUUUCUCAUGCUGAUGACGACGUUGGCACGAUGAGCUUUCUUUCCAGGCCCUUACUGAAUUCAAAUUCUCUAUGCUGCCAAAGUACAAUUGCAGCUCGCUUUUUCAAUAGGGCGUCUCAUUCGCACAGGCAAUUCUUAACCAUUCACCAUCUCUCGCCAGCUUUUGGCGGCUCCCGCUGCGCUUCCAACGACGGGAAAGGCUCUAAGCCUGGGAUGGAUGUCGACCGCGAGUCUGAGCUUCUCAGGGACGAAAUCCAAGAUUUCGAUAAAUGGGGCUAGGUGUUUUACGGGUGCACAUAUGACGACGAUGACGCUUGGGCUCGCUUCAAAGACAUCAUCAACGACACACCCCGACAGGGCCGCGAGUAGUACGAGUAUCCAGAAGUUCUUGAUAAAAUAAAGUGGACGUUCUUGUAGGACAUACGACAUUUUAAUGGCCCUUCCACGACCACAUUACGCUCUCACUUCCCCGAAUGGGUGAAGCAAGCAGCACAGGCGGGGAUUUCACCAGAGACACCGCCCCGAGAGUCCAGCUCUUCCGGCUUAGAGGGCAGCUCUGACGUCACGAUGUAUGAUAGAUAUUUUAUGCAAGUCGACGAAGUAUCGUUGCGCAGUGUCGUGUGCAAGGAGCUGCCGCCAGCCGAAGUCAACGUCUACGGCCGCGGACACAUCAACCUGGUGAACGCCAACUGGCAUCCCACGCGUCUGGAAGAUUAUCACGGAGAGAAAACAUGUGUUAUCGAAGAAGACUUCAGAUUCCCAGC